CUCCGUAGCGCUCAAGCCUUACUCUAUCUACGACAUCAACGCCUUCAGAUCAGCAACCACCUAGAACUUUUAUACUCAUUGUAUUGUCAUUACUUCGGAAUUAUUUAUCGCGCUGGGCCGCUUGCAUUCUGCUUUCCCUCCCUGAAGGAGCGGUCGGAUCUAGGGCUGUGAGCUAAUGCCCUGAUAAGUGUAUGUACUACUGCAGCAAGGAGGUGUCGUACUACAGAUCUACAACUCAUCCAAAGUACUACCGUGGGUUUUACCCCCCUAUCGACCUUGGAAUUCUUCGCUGGAGGAGAAAUUGAACAUCAGUUCUUUUUAUAUCAACUCAUUGCACCAUCCGCCUACUUAAUUCAAAUUUCUCAACCCGGGAGCACGCUCAACAUAACAACUGUACCAUAUUACUUUCGAUGAGACCUUAAAUCCGCAUCAAACCUGGAAUUUAACCCUUUCCGUGAUAUUGUUAUAUCGAAUUCACACUGCAAUGUCUGCGAGCGUUUCUAGCCGGCGAAAGGGCAGCAGAGCUGCCCGCUCCAAGAAACCUUCUUCAACCCCCAGCAAGGUUCCAGCCUCUCAUGUUCCCUCGACAGCUGUUGUUGGAGCAAAUCCGAAUGUGCAGUUGAAGUCACAGACAGAGUCGGGGGUGCAGAAAAAAACUCGUCCCGAUAUACAGGUUGGAUCUGAGCUUGUCAAAACGCAGAAUGGCGCCUCUUCUAACAAACCGAAUGUAUUUCAAUUCCUCCAGGAAGGCGACUCCUCGUCAACAUCUUCCGACAACUCCGACUCGGAUUCAGAUGAUAAUGACCAGGAUCAGGAAGGGUUACCUGCCCUUGCUCAAGAGCGACCACAACCAGAUAGGGAUACACAUUCCUCAUACCUUAUAUCACCCGAAUCAUCCUUUCGAGCGAGUAGCCCAGAGCAGACCUUUUCCGUCACUUCCAGAGAUUCGAUUGCCACUGACGGUGGAUCGGUAACUUCUCCGGACGGUUCACCUGCAACAGCCUAUCUGCGUUUGGUCAAUAAACAUAAUCUUCAAAAGGCUGCGCAAGCGCGAAGUCGGCGUGACGCUGUACAGAGGCAAAGUCCACACCGUACAGAUGACGAAGACGAUGGGCAUUCGGACUAUUCAGCUCCUGAGGACUUUUAUCUAGCAGAGCGCAUGCACUAUCACCAGCAGAAGCAGCAGCAGCAACAGCAACAACACCGCUCACACAUACAUCGGCCACACGUCCACAGACAAAGAAACAACAGGGACCACAGCGGAUCUAGACGAGGGCCGUCCCUAUCACCGGGAAGAAGUGCAGGCCAGCUAGUAACGACCGAAACACGCGAUAAAAACAACAAGCUCGUCAAAACGCCGACUACCAAACCCAGAUUAUCCUCGGGGUACGCCCUUCUAGCCUCCAAACUGGAUUCCUCAACAGCGUCACCAUCACAGAAUCCAAAGUAUGGUGACAAUUCACUGAUUCCCGUGUACCGAAGAUUCGAGAAUAUGAACCACCGUAUUCUCCUACACCUUCAAGAUGAGAUCUCCCAACUGGAAGAAGAACUUCAGAUGAUGGAUGAAUACGAAGCGAAACACCGGGCCUCCAUCGCCGAAAAGGAAGGAUCAGAGCAGUUAGAACCGGCUUCGAGACGGAUGGAUGUUGAAGCUGGUAGAUAUUCGGCUUUUCAUGCGCGGCGUUUAGAGCUGGUUGAUCGGCUUACGUACAAAGUUAACCAAUACAACGACGCUCUAACCAGUUACACAAAACUGAGCCGAAUGCUCCCCAAAGCUUCCCCUAAAGACAUCCAGACAUACCGAAACUGGAUGAACGAGAAUACCCCUAUUGCCAAAAACGAAACUCGAUUUCUAGACCAUGACCUGGAUCUCGUUGCUCUGAAUAUGGCAGUUCCAGCGGUAGCAGCUGUGGGCGGCCAAAAUCAAAACAAUAAUAGUAUUCUCUAUUUCAUAAUUGGCGUGUUGUCGACUGCAUUGUUAUUACCGCUUCUGGCAUAUUAACCCGUCUAGCUCUGACCUAUUCCUCGUUCUUCCAAAAAAACUCGCUUUAGAUCAUCUGUUCCCCUGGUGGGAAUUUCGGGAUUGGAUAUUUUCUGCUCUUUUCUCAUUUGUUCUAUUUGAUACCUUCCCCUGGCCUAUGAGUCUAUGAGAUGGCUGUUACACGUCUUGUCUGGCUUCGAUAGCUAGGCAUGGCAGCCAGAAAAAAUUUCAAUAUUGUGCUAUGUAUGAUUUGUGUUGUUUUGAUACCGCUACCUAAACAUGUACAGUCUACUAGAACCUAUUGUCACGUACUACAUAUGUUCUAACGAAAUAAAUGAUGGAUAUGAUUAUUGAGAUUUUCUUAACUAGGCUCGUCUACCCUAACUGACAUGAAGAUAUGGAAAGAAAUAAGACAACGACGAAAGAAGAAAUCUGGACAGUCCCAUUUCCCUCUUUUCUAUGCGUAAACAACUUCAAAAAUCUUAAGGUAGAAAUAAGGGGUCGAAAAAAAGUGCCAGGCAAGAGGACUGGAAACUUAAAGUAAUACAGGAAGAACUGUUUCGUGUUGAAAUUGUAUCAAGUCAUUGCUUUGGUUCAUCGACGACAUUCCUGUUUCAACAUGGUUUGAUAGCAAGAACCGAGACUCUCGUGAUUGAGCAAGUGAUAAGAUAAAAAUAAAAGAAUUAGGUAAAAAGACAAGAACCACUGUCGAACAAACACCUUUACUGAAAUCAUAAAUUACCAAUGGAACACUAAGAGUUAAUACACAUACACACCAAGCGCUGGUCCGCUGUCAUCAGCUUGUUAAAAAAGAAGGAGAAGGGAAGAAGGGCAUGUCAAGGCAGCAAUAAGAAAAAUCUUUUUUUGGUUGGAUCAAUCAAGAAAAGACGAAGAAAUACACGCAAGGUCGAAGAAUGGAAGGAGGACGAAGACUUGAUUUGCACAGAACCGAUAAGAUCCAAAAUUGCCGGUUUUUGGGACAAAGAUCCAGCCAGAGCAGGUAAAGUUACCGCUAAUGCCUUUCAGGUAGCAGUGUCCCAUGCUCAUUGCAUGCACACAAAGUAGGAGCUGCUCCCUGUGCCCAUUCUGGAUUCGAUGUGGAGAUAGCAGUAGCUUUCGCGUAGAGUAAAAUGUAAUGCCAGAAGCAUGAUCCAAGGAGCUUCGGCUGGACUCAUGACGUGGCUGGUGUAGGAGUAGCACUGUGCUUCAUAGCUGGGCUCUCACUUCUUUCCUGGGACGAGGCUUGUGCAAUAGAUUGUGCUGGAUUAGGAGUACCUGAUACUUGACGGGCGGCGUCAAGCUGAGCUUUCUGUCGUGCUAGUGCCAUGGCUUGUUCUGCGGCUGUAUUGCGACUAUACGCCGCUGCGACAUUAGGAGACAUGGCGUAUUGCCCCGGUGUCGCUGUGGCUGAGGAUGGGUAAUUCGUGUACGUGUGCUGUGAAUAAUAUCGCUGAGCGUUCCCUGAUGCCGGGUUUAGGUAUGCUGUACGCGCAGCGCUUUGUGGCGUGGCAUAUGAAUGGGCCUUGUGUGGUGAAGCGCUUCUUCCAGCAGCAUACGCGGGAUUUUGUUGAUAACCUGGUCCCGGCGAAGUGGUAGAUUGGCCGGUAUAAGGUAAAUAGCUGUUUGAUGUAGGCCUUGGAUGAUAUUGUCCAGGUGAAUAGGCAGGAAUACUGCUUGGCCGUUGGGAUGGAGAUGCUUGUGGACGAAUGCCGGCAUAGUUUUGUUGUGGAGUACUUGCCCCCGGAGUGUAAGGAGUAGAGGAUGAUGGGCGACUCUGAUAGUAA